AAUGCCAAAUGUCUUGUUUAUAGAAUUUGUUACCAGUUUACACGGGAGAAGAUGGACUCUCAUAUUACAAAGAAUUCACAUAUCUCGCAAAAGUUAGAAUAUUUCCACCAAACAAACAGUAAAAAAUGUCGUUUAUGUUUAGCAUCACUUGACACAUUAAUUGAGAUAUUCAGCGAGGGAGCUGUGCAUAUGAAAAUUAAUGAAAAGCUUAAGGAAUUUUGCCAUCUUGCAAUUACAGAAGAGGACCCCGCCCCAAAGACAAUAUGCUUCACUUGCUUGAAUGAGGUUAAUCGGUUCAGUGAUUUCUACAAAAGAAUUCAAGAGAAUCAGAAAUUACUCACACUUUCCUUUCAACCCUCGAUUAUUCACGAAGCAGCCAAAUUUGCAGGUUUAGCUCAGGACAUGAAUGAAAACGAUGAAAGCGAAGAGCCACUAAUAAUAGCCAUUGCUGAAGAAAUAUGCCAGGCAGAUGAUAUUCAAGAGAAUGUAGAAAUCCUCUAUGAAAGUGCGGAGGCUAAUGGUGCCGAUCAUGAUGACCCUGAACUAGUACAAUGCGAAAUUGUGUUACAAAAAUUAUCGGAGGAACCGAAAUCUGAGUCCUUUCCCCUAACCGACAGGAAUGAAGCGACCUCCACAAAUGAUUCAGACGUCGAACAUCAUGAAUUGGAUACAACUUUCUACGCAGAAGAUCAACAUGAUUUAUCGGAAUCAGAUCAUGACGACCGUGCCCUCUCUCCACCAACCGCUUUUAGCGAAGAAAGUACAAAAAGCCGUGCCAAACAUAGAAUUGCCUUGGAUAAGCCAAUUCGUGAUUUCUUCGACUUGCACUGUGAAAAGUGCAAUUCGAACUUCCAAACGUUCCAAGGAAUUCGGAAUCAUAUGCUGCAAAAACACGACGAACAAUUUUACUUCGUCUGUUGUAAUCGGAAGCUGUAUCGAAGGGAUGCUGUUAUGGCACAUAUCAGUUCGCAUUUAAAUCCGCAGAAAUUCACAUGUGAGGUCUGCAAUCAAGUGUGCAAAAGCAAAAUCACCCUGAAAGUGCAUAUGAAGCAACACAUUCCAAAAGAUCAACAGCCUUUUGCUUGCGAAAAGUGCGGAUUUCGGUUUGCUUUAAAAUCACAACUAAAGAGUCACAUGAACACUCAUCUUACAAACGAAGAAAAAAGAUUCGUCUGCAACGAAUGCGGCAAGCCAUUUGCCUUCAAAUUUGUCCUAGAAAAGCAUAAAAAGCGAAUACACAUCAAACAAAAGAACUACAUGUGUGAGAUCUGCGCUCGAUCGUUUGUAGACGAAGUCAACCUAACGGCGCACAAACGAAUCCAUGAUACAACUACGCCACGUCUGGAAUGUCCGAAAUGUCAUGCUCUCUUGAAGACAAAGAAAACCUUGAAAAUUCACAUGCUUGUGCAUAAUCCAUCCCAAUUUUCGUGCGAGUCCUGCGCUAAGGAUUUUCCAACAAAAAAUGGUUUAUUGAACCACAUACGAUAUUACCACACGGAUAGGAAGUAUCCUUGUGAAACAUGUGGCAGGGUUUUUAAGAAAUCAUUGAAUUUGAAGGAACACAUGGCAACGCACACCGGCGAGAUUUUGUACAACUGCGAAUACUGUGAUAAAACAUUCAAUGCUAAAGCCAACCGAUAUGCUCAUAUCAAGAAAGUUCACCCCAACGAAUGGGCAAACAAGCGGAAAUUAAGGUGGCGAAUAGAAGAUGAAAAGUAUUCAGAAUAA